AAGGUCUUCAGCUUGGCCAUAUUUUUGUUUCGGUGGAAUCGACUCGACGACCAAGUUCAGGCGACGACUCCGGCUCUGAAUUCCAGAGCGAAGAUUUGGAUUCAGAGAGAGACAGAGACAAGAAGCAAGUUCGUUUAAUCUUCGUGAGAAAUCCAGUAAUGUGCCUUGUUGAUCUGUGAUCGAUUCCACGAACUCUGAGUAAUUUCUUUGAGAGAUCAUUCCAUUUCCCCCCUUUGUGUUUCUUACACCAUUCGUCACUCUCCCCGAUGGCGCAUCGGAGAACGAAAUUCCUCUUCGUUGUUUGUGCCGUCUGCUACGUUCUUUCCGCCAUUGCAGGGAAGAGCUAUUACGACAUACUGCAAGUGCCGAAGGGUGCGUCAGAAGAGCAGAUCAAAAGGGCGUAUAGGAAGCUCGCUCUGAAGUACCAUCCUGAUAAGAAUCAGGGAAACGAGGAAGCCAGUAAACGAUUUGCGGAGAUUAGCAAUGCUUAUGAGGUUCUAUCCGACGGAGAGAAGAGGAACAUUUAUGAUAGAUACGGAGAGGAGGGUCUGAAACAGCAUGCUGCAAGUGGAGGUAGAGGUGGAGGGAUGGGGAUGAACAUUCAGGAUAUUUUUAGUCAGUUUUUUGGCGGAGGAGGUGAUAUGGAAGAGGAAGAGAAAAUUCCUAAAGGUGACGACGUAGUUGUGGAAUUGGAUGCGUCAUUGGAAGAUCUCUACAUGGGUGGUUCAUUGAAGGUAUGGAGGGAGAAGAAUGUAUUGAAGCCAGCACCGGGUAAGAGGCGUUGUAAUUGUAGAAAUGAAGUCUAUCACAAGCAGAUUGGUCCUGGAAUGUACCAGCAGAUGACAGAACAAGUCUGUGAGCAAUGCCCCAAUGUCAAAUUUGAAAGAGAAGGAUAUUUCGUUACUGUUGAUAUUGAGAAAGGGAUGCAAGAUGGGCAAGAGGUCACUUUCUAUGAAGAUGGUGAGCCAAUGAUUGAUGGAGAAGCUGGAGAUCUUAGGUUCCGCAUACGCACGGCACCACAUGACAUUUUCAGAAGGGAAGGCAAUGACUUGCAUGCCACGAUCACCAUCACACUGGUACAAGCCCUUGUUGGUUUCGAGAAAAGUCUCAAACACCUUGAUGAACAUUUAGUCGAAAUCGGAACAAAGGGAAUUACAAAACCCAAAGAAGUAAGGAAGUUCAAAGGAGAAGGCAUGCCAUUGCAUUUCAGCACAAAGAAAGGCGAUCUCUAUGUCACAUUUGAGGUCUUGUUUCCCACAUCACUAACAGAGGAUCAGAAGACAAAUAUCCAGAAAAUUCUGGGUUAGUUAGCAGCAGGUUAUAUAGAUUUUGCAAUUCUUUUUCUUUUUUUUUUUUUGUUGCGCUCAAGCUCAAAGAUGCAUGCAUACCCAUUGUAGUAGACUGAAAGAUCAUUAAGAAAAUUUGGUAAUUGCUGAGCCCUGCAGAGUUUUGAUUGAUUUAUUUAACAAUGAUGUUAUCUAUGAUGAUAUUGAUCUUUGAUGUUGUUAACGGA